AUGGUCAAGUCGACACCAAUUCAACGAUUCGAGUUCGCCGAGAAAAUUUGUAAUCGAGAUCUUCGUGGUUACGUUUUGUAUUCGACGGAGAGUGCAUGGAUUUGGGUUGGGGAGAGUAAAAUCGAGUCGAUCGGCCUCGCCCAUUUUCCAAACUUCACAAUGCUCGUUGAUGGAGAGAACACGCAACGAGAAUUCAUCAAAUCGAUCACGCUCCGACUCACGAAAACUUCAAGAUUCACACAGGUAUUCUUCACGACGGACAUCGAAUGUGAGGAGGGAAUGUUCUGGAAAGUGCUAAACGAUAAUAUGCUGGAGAAACUAAAUGCUCUUCAUUCCAAUCAAUAG